CAAAUAUCAGAACAUUGAUUAAUGAGUACAACUCAAACGCAACUUGAUAAGAAACACCUCACAGAAAGCUUGUAACUGUCAAUAGGUGUACAUUUUUUUUCGAAUACAAUACUUUAAUACUCUAUUCCAGACAACAUAUGGCUACAGCAAUACUCCACCAAUAUAAUUCAAUGUGAAUACAUGUUUUACCCUAUUUAUCAAGGAAUAAUGAUACGUGCGAGUGCUUAUUAUCCAGACUUUCAACAACAAAAUGGUACCGAUGAAGCAAACAUAUUUAUUUAUAAAUGUGCUGUUGUUUUAUUUGUUAAGUGUAUAUUCCACGGAAUUGCCGCCUCUGUAUAAACUGCACAAACAUCUGUGUUCCACCUAUCAACGUGACAUACGACCAGUGAAGAACUACAACACCACAGUGAUGGUGCAUAUUGUCUUUAUGUUGUCGUCUUUGGAGGGACUAGACGGAGCCAAACAGACCUUCAGAGCAGCAGGAUGGCUCACCAUUUCGUGGACAGAUGAAAUGCUAACCUGGGACAGAUGCCAAUACCCUGGUCUUCACCGAAUAGAUUUUCCAGCGGAGAAAGUCUGGAAACCGGAUUUAUCAAUACGAAAUGAUGCCAAGAACUUCGCCAUGCUCUCCCAAUAUGGCGGCCAUUGCAUCGCCACACCAGACGGCAAAGUCACGUGGUAUUUGGCACUUCGCAAAGAAAUGAGCUGUGCUGUUAAUGUUGAGAAAUUUCCAUUUGACAGUCAAACGUGUUCUAUCAAUCUUAUACAAUGGGCCACUGACAUCACUGAGGUGAAUUUCACGGUGUCAUCUGAAGGCGUUGCACCCCUUCUGUUCUCACACAUGCACGAGUGGCAGGUGACAGGUCAUUCCGUAGACCGCAGCACCGUCCCGUAUUCGGGCAUGGAGCAGGUGUACGUUACAUUCAAAUACGAUAUAAAAAGGAAGCCUCUUACGUUCAUAAUCUCAACGGUGUUCCCUUUGAUGCUGCUGUCUCUGCUGAAUCUGGUCGUGUUCCUGCUGCCCGCCGAAUCCGGAGAGAAGAUGAAUCUGUCGGUGUCCGUAGUGCUGGCCUACGCUGUGCUCAUGACCAUCGUGUCCAGCGUUUUGCCUGCAACGUCGGACACAGUUUCAAUAUUCGGAGUCUACACCCUCAUCAUGUUCUUCAUCAAAGUCAUGACAAUCAUCUUUAGUGUCAUCGUGCUACGGCUGUACUACACCGAUCCACGAGUUCCUUUGUCUCCACGCUGGAAACCACUACUCGCCGCUUUCAGACUCAUGCCGAAACAUUCAAAACCUUUGUUGGAACAACCCGAGCAUGUGCCGGACCAUCCCACGACGUUCCCGGAACAGCAUGAGAUGGUGCAAUCCAAUAACAUGCAUGGACAAAAUGAAAGGGACCCAGAACAUCCAGAAUGUUGUGUCUGGAAACAUCUGUCUGUUAAAAUGGAUAGAGCAUUCUUUUGUGUGACUGCAGUUGCCACACUGGGAGGAACGACUGCCUCUUUCGUGAUGCUACUGAUAUAGAUUAAACUGUAACAUUACUUCAAGGGAUGACCUUUCGAAACAAAAAACAUCUUCACGAUGUUAUAUCACAAAGAAACCAAAGAAAAAAAAAAACAUGUUUUUUAACUAAAAUACAAGUGUCAAAAGUACAACUGACGUGCUGAUAUAUUCCUUUUCUUUCUGUACAACGUCACUUGUUGCUUCUUAGUAUCCACAAUGUUCAAGUGUAAAAUUUUAUUUGCGUAAUGUAUUUAUCAGUGUAGGUUGCGUGCUCUGUAGUUUUCUUGAAUAUAUGUCUAUUUAGUUUUUAUUUUCUAGA